CAGAAGCAUCUUUUCAAUUUAAUAGAUUCUGAAUUACGACUAUGCUUUUCCAAUAAUGUAUUUCGUUAUUAUAAAUUAAAGAUGAAUUUAUUUCUGUUAACGGGAAGGGGAAUUUUUCCGAAAAGAGGAGCGAAGUUAUGUACAAUAAUAAUUCGAGGACACUCCAGAGAGUGUAGAAGGAACUAAAAAGUAUCGAUUGUUGUGUUUUGGAGCUGAGCAACAUGGAUAGCACAGAGGAGAUAUCAUAUGUGAGCCAGCAAGAAGCCAUAGAAAUUGAUCAGAUGUUGAUGGGUCCUCUUGGUUUUACUGUGAUUCAGCUCAUGGAAUUGGCAGGCUUGAGUGUUGCCUCUGCAAUUGGAGAGGUCUAUAGUCCAAGUGAAUAUACUCGUGUGCUUGUUAUAUGUGGUCCUGGUAAAAAUGGUGGGGAUGGUCUUGUAGCUGCUCGACACUUGCAUCACUUUGGUUAUAAGCCCUCCAUUUGUUAUCCAAAGCGGAAUGCUGAACCUCCUUUUGCUGGUCUGGUUACCCAGCUUGAGUCACUGUCAGUUCCAUUCUUGCCAGUGGAAGAUCUACCCGUGCAACUUUCAAGUGACUUUGAAAUUAUAGUGGAUGCAAUUUUUGGAUUCUCAUUCCAUGGGAACCCAAGGCCACCGUUUGAUAGUCUCAUUAGAAGGAUGGUCCCCAUAAAAACCCAGCAGCGCACACAUGAAAUAGCAGCUGUCGUUAUAUCUGUAGACAUACCUUCUGGGUGGCAUGUGGAAGAGGGAGGCAUUGAACCUGAUAUGCUGGUCUCUUUGACUGCUCCAAAAUUGUGUGCCAAAAUGUUUUGUGGCCCGCAUCAUUUUUUGGGUGGAAGAUUUGUUCCACAAUCCAUCAUAGACAAAUUCAAGUUAAAACUUCCAUCGUAUCCCAGCACUUCCAUGUGUGUUCGAAUUGGAAAUCUUCCAGAAACCAAUUUAUCAGCACAGAAAGGGAUAUUUACAGCUUCUGUAAAUCUUGAGGUGGAGGAAAAUCCUAUUGAUCAGGUUGAGUUGUAUAAAGUAUAUCUAGAACUUAAAUGUAUGCAAACUUCUUUUCUUAAAAGCAAUGCAGAAUUUUUUGAGUUUUGGCAGGGAGAGGAAUCUCAAGUGCACCUCAAAUUUCGGUACUAUGCGGAGGAGAUUGAUGGAAGAAGAGUAUGGACAAUUCAUAGAUUGGUCCCGCAAUUAGCAGAAUCAGCAUCUUCAUUAUGACUUGCCAUCUCUUUGAACUUAGCAAAAAUGCACCAGUGCAUGCAUAUGAUAGGAAGCUAACAAUUAGAUCGUUUCUUUUUCCUGUUUUCCCUUCUGAUUACCUUUUCUUGGGUAGGAUAUUGCACUUGGAAGGUGAUAUAACAUUACUGAGGGUGUACAUAUGUAUUACCAGAAAUUGUUUACUUGCUCA